GAUAUACCUGUAUUUGAUGUAAAAUCAGAAGAUGGUAGUGUAAGAAGACUACAUCGUAAUCAUUUUUAUCCAUUAGAGUUUCUGGAGAAUGAACCAGUUUCUGAAUCAAAUAAUGGAGAAGCCAUGAUUUAUGAUACUAGGGUCAUAGAGAAGAAAAAUAUGGAAGAUAAAAGAGAAUGUUUAAAUGAUGUCGACAUCAAUGACGAAGAAGACAGUAGUGGAGAUGAGAUUGUAUUACAUACAUUCAAAUCUGGGGACGCCUGGACUCCAAGUACUUACAGUAAAAAAUGGACAAGUUUACCAAAAAAGAAGACUACAGGUGAUGAGAAAAGUGAGGAUAUAACUAAGAAGAAAGUAAACACAGAAAAAGAUCUAGAAAGAAAAGAUAAAGAUGAAUCUCAAAGCAGUCACACUGACAGCAAGAGUAAAGAUUUAGAGACAGAAUUAGAUUUAUGUGAAGAAAUAGAUUUAACCCAGGAAGAUGAAAGUUUUGAGAACAGUCUUAAAAAUACAGGUAUCAACACACAAGGAGAAAGUGAAAUUAAAGAUUCAGGGCCAAGAAAAUCAGAAAGGGUACGAAAAAAGCCGAAAUGGAUGUCAGAUUUUCAAACAUAUCAGAUGACCACAAGAUCUGUUGAUUCCAGACUGAAAGCUCUACAAAGCUUGUUUAAUUCAGGCAUUUUGGAUGACAUGAGCACAGAAAUUGCAGAAAAUAUGGUCAGUUCUGUAUGGAAACACUAAAUCUUGGAUGUUUUUAGUUAUGUGUAAAAAAUUGUUUUUAGUAUUAAUCUUUAUGUGCCUUAUAUUGUAUGUUUUAUAUUGCAGGAAUGCAAUUUUUGAAAGUGGGGAGGAAAAAGGAAGUAUAUUAAACAUCUCUUCAUUUUUUUUUCAGAGACCAGAAUAUCCAGGAAAGUGCUUUAUUAACAAAUGAGUCUUGUUUUUCAGAGUGUAGCCACAAUUUGUUGGGAAAAGAAUUAUAUUUGAUAAAAAACUGAGUAUUGUAUUUAAUAUUGUAAUACAAUUUCUUUAUUACAGUUUUUAUGUGGUUAAAUUUAUUUUAUUCCACAGGGAUAUGUGUGCUGAAGUUACCUGCUAUAAUCAUGAUUUUAUAUCUGGGUGACCUUUAUUGCCUUAAGGUGGUUCAGGCGUUUCUGAUAUUAAGGUGGUUCAGAUAGUUCGGUUAUUAAGGUGGUGUAACCAUUAUUUUUGGAAAAUGACAGGUGUCAUUUUAAACAGGCCAGGGGAGAAUGUAACAAGGUGUAUUUUUCGGGUAAUCUGUGUUUUGAGAUGUUCCCUAGCUUUCCUGUGUUUUUAUCCAUAUUGUUUAUGUAAGAGUGCUUUCCCCUUGACUUUGGCGGGAAUUUGUACGUGUCUCGUGAAUCUCGUUUUCAUUUCGUUCAGUGCGUUGGUUGGUAGCCAUUGAGAGAGGAAGGUCUCUCUGUUCAGAAGUUGUGAUGUUUUUUACACUUUAACAUGUUUCUUUUUGGUUGGAAACAGUUCAUCUUUGUAUAAGCAGCACUCGGUGAGAUUCAUUUGUGUGGAUUUGUGUGGAUGAUGGCGUAUAUCUUAUUUGUGUAAAAGGGCUAAAGAUCCUACAGAUCUUGCCUACCUUGUUCACAUGCUUAUAUGAUUACGUAGACUGAUGGUUGGUAACUUGGUUUACAAGAUGUACCGGUAUACUUUGUGAAUAUGUCAGAUGAACUGUUGUAAAUAAUGUAAAGAUUUGGUUUGUCAAUAAACUACAUAUGAUCGAACCUGAAGAGAA